UAUUACACUAAUAUGUGAUGCAGUAUUUAGGCUGAAAUGUACUAGUUAAAAACUUCAUUGCAACUGUUAUGUUUGCCAAUACAUUCAAAUAUAAAUAACAAUUAUUUGAAUAAACAACAUUCUAUUAUGGAUAUUUUGGUCUGAAUCAGAUUUGCUUUUAAGAUGCAAAAUAGGAACAACCCGUGCGAGAAAAAAAUACUUCCUCUUUCGCAAUAAUUUUUGGAAGAGGAUGUUUAAUCUGCAAUAGGACAGUAGACAUUGUGGAGCUACUAUUCACCCAAAAGUAACCGAGAUCUCAGGAAAAACUUCCCGGAAUGCAGCCCGGAGUGCGAAUAAUACGCGGACCGGACUGGAAUAGCAAACGUCAAGAUGGUGGGGAAGGUCACGUGGGCACGGUAAUUUAUGUCCCCAAAGACGGCCCGGCGGACGGUCAUGUGUCUGUGAUCUGGGACAACGGGCGGGCUUAUCGGUACAGGGCUGGGCAAGAUGGAAAGUACGAUCUGCGUAUCGUUGACAACACGCCGGCAGGUGUCGUACAAGAAGGUAUCACGUGCGACGUGUGCAAAAUGGACCCAAUCCGUGGCAUCCGCUGGAAGUGUGGUGUCUGUAAGGACUUUGACCUCUGCACCCCGUGUUACAUGACCGGAAAACAUGAUACCGGCCACUCCUUUAUGAGGAUCGAGCAUCAACACAAACACGCGUCCCCAGUAUCGCCCCGAAAUGGCACACCGACUAUUGAGAUACAGGGGGUCUUCAAAGGGGCUGUGGUAAUGCGAGGGUCCAGCUGGAAAUGGAAGAACGAUGACGGGGGUAACAGCGGGAGUGGUGACGUCACGGACGUAGUUCCAUGGAAACCUGAUUUGCCCCGUAGUGCUGUCAAGGUCGCCUGGCGUCAGACGAAGAAGGAGGGCAUAUACCGACUAGGGGCCGAGGGGUGCGUGGACGUUGUGUACGAGACAUGCGCGUCAGGGGGCAAAGUCUACCAGGACCAUCUGCCGUUAGUGGAUGUUGUAAAUCCAGACCAGAUAAAGUUACGAGCCAGCGACAAGGUGAAGGUGACUUUAGACCUGGAAAGUUUCAAACGCUUGCAGGAGCACGAUGCCUAUGGUGGAUGGAACGAUAAAAUGUGUCAGUGCCUCUCUGAAGUGGGUACGAUUGUCAGAAUGCUGUAUGAAGGCAAAUCCGUCCGAGUGCAGUACGAGGAUGGUCAGGCCUUUACCAUGAAUCGUCAGGCGCUCUACAGGAUCCACAGUUUCAGUGUGGGGGAAGCUGUACGCAUUCUACCGGAUGUGAACACCGUCCGUGACUUGCAGGCAGGCCACGGUGGAUGGAAUGACGACAUGCUUGGUUCUCUAGGUCAGGUCGGGAGGGUGGCAAAGAUAGACGCCGACGGCGACAUGAGGGUCAAGGUCGGGGACCGGAAGUGGAUCUUCAGCCCCGUCUGUGUCCAGCCCCUGGAUGAUCCAAAGCAAAGUGACAGUGUCCCGGGGUUGAGACCGGACGAGAUGGAGCAAGAUAAAGUGGACGAUUUUAGACGCAUGCAGCGAGACAUGGACCGUUUAGCCGGGGGUACUUGCGGACCUGUUCAUGCCGCCUCCAAAGGCGACAUUGAGAAGGUCAAGGCCAUUGUCGGCAAAGACAGCAGCAAGGUGAAUGUAAGCCCAGGUCAGAAGAACGCCCUACAGCUGGCCUGUUACAACGGCCACAUCCCCGUGGUUCAGUACCUGCUCGACCAGAAUGUGGACGUGCUUGCGGUGGACGAUGAAGGGGAUACGGCGCUGCAUUAUGCAUCGUAUGGGAAAGAGGCGUCGGCCAUGAAAUUGCUGUUGAAGAAAGGUGCACAACCAGACAAACAGAACAACAAAGGCCUGACAGCGCUACACAUAACUGUUGGUAAAGGCAACGUUCAAGGCACGAAACUUCUUAUUAAAAACAAGGCGUCUGUAAAUCUCAAGGACAAGGACGGGGAUACGCCCAUGCAUGACUGCAUCACACAGAUCAAGCGUCAGGGCCUGCUCGUACCUGCUGUCCUGAAGGCCCCGGGGGCUGACUUCACCAUCAUGAACGAAACUAACUUCAACGUCCUGCACUGGGCGGCGUUGAAAAACGUCACCGAAGCAGCGACUAUUGUUUUAACACUGAAACCGAGUAUAGUGAACGACAAAAUGACUGAAGGGUUCGCAGCACUGCACAUCUGCGCUGCCAAUGACCACGUUGAAAUUGCGAGCGAACUGAUACAGGCCAAGGCCGACAUCCACAUCGCUGUGUCGCAGAGCCACAAACGAACUGUGCAACUGCUUAUUAAUGCGGGAGGCAAUGACGCAAGCCUGCUUGGGGUAUCUAUGGGUAACGACGAGACAGGAAUACAGAUCUCGUGCAUGCUCAUUGAAGCCAAGGGCUCGCUAGAAGUAAAGAACAAGCAGGGCAAGACUCCCUUGGACCUUUGCUCGGACUUUACAACAAGGGAAUUCUUGAAGCGACUGGCAUCUCAAAGCUUCAAGAACUCCAUGCAGACCUCGGUUAAGGGAGUGGUACUGCCUCCACACUGGGAACACAUUGAACGGACGGACAAACUGAAGAUGAUACAACUGGACGGACAGGGGGCGGGCUCGCUUCUCGAGCGAGAGUACCAGGAGGUGCAAACCAAGUUCAUGAAGACGAUGGCCCAGGCGCGGGUCAGCGGCAUCCAGAGGGUGCAGAACAAGUUCCUGUGGGAGCACUACUUUUUGUAAGGCGAAGUAGUAUGA